UGCGUUACUAAGCAACAAACAGCUGACCUCCAGAAAUUCUUUCUCCUCAGAUGUAGCUUCAAAAGGCCAAGGGGAAAGUUUGCCUUUUGGGCUCCCUUCGUGGAAAGAUGCAAGAUGCUUUAAUAGGCUCCUGGCACAACAGUGGCUUCUACGGGCACUUCCGAGGUCAAGUCAAGAGUGAAAGUGCUGGAGAAUACCGCCUUGCUGCCAAGCCCCCGCCUCCAGCAGUGUUCCUACAGAGAUGUGAGGCUGUGUAUGACUCUGCAGCUGAGAAGAGACGGGGGAACUUGGAGGAGCCUGCAAAACAACACUUCUUCUCCAAGCACGACAACCGCACUUCUUUUGACAAAGGUCCCUACUGCCUGCUGCAGGGAAUCGGAAGGCGGAAAGACCUGGAGCGCCUGUGGAAGAGACACACCUUCCUGCGCUGGGCACCCUGCGAGCUGGAAUUGAGCCAGCAGCCGCCUCUGGAAUCCUCCUACCAGUCUGAUUUCCGGCCAGGCACAGGACUCAGUAGGCUUCCCCAGCGCCUUGUCCAGUUUGUAGAGGUCCAGCCUCCCUAUGCCGAUACCACCUACCAACACAACUUCUGCCAGCCAUCCCGGGGUGGUCAUUGUGGUAGCCCCAAGGUAAAGCCCCUUGAGCCAGUUACUGAAACACUGCCUGGCCUCCCAGGGAUCCCAAAGCCCAAGCUGCUGCAGCACUACCUUCACGACGGAGUGUCUGAGUGUUUAAACUGGUCCCAAGCAUUAAAAAGGCUCAGCUGACAUUGCA